AUGUCAUUAGUGGGUCAAAGGCGCAGUUUCUCCUCCUCUUCCUUCAGUGGAUUUGGUGCCGCUUACUCAAUGGGAGCCGGGGGCAGCGCAGGGAGAGCUAGUUUCGGGGUAGUCAGUGGUGGCGCAGGCCUCGGGAAGGCUGGCGGCGCUGGUGGUGCCUUCGGAAUGGCCAGCGGAGGGACAUUCGGUAAGGGCGGAGGAGGCGCGGGCUUCGGUAUGGGUGGUGGAGGAGGAGGCGGGGGCGGCGGCUUCGGUGUUGGCUUUGGCGGCGGCGACAUGAUUGGGAACGAGAAGAGACACAUGCAGACGCUGAACGACCGCCUGGCUACCUACUUGAACAAGGUCCGCACGCUGGAGAAGACCAACGCCGAGCUGGAGGAGAAAAUACGCAGCUUCACCACCACCCAAGCCGUCAUCACGCACGACCUGCAGGCCUACGACAACCAGAUCACCCCCCUGCGUCAGAAGGUCAUGGGUCUCUUCGUUGAGAACUCCAACGUGGCCCUCGCCAUCGACAACGCCAAGCUGACCAUCGACGACUUCAAAACCAAGUAUGAGUCUGAGGUGUCUCUGCGGCAGACGAUCGAGGCGGACGUGGCCAGCCUGAAGGGCCUCAAGCACGAGUACGAGGCCACCAAUGCAGGCCUGCUGAUGGAGCAGCAAGCCCUGGACCAGGAGAGGGGGGGCAUGCAGAAGGCACACCAGGAGGACAUCAUGAUGAUGCGCUCCAAGAUGGCGGGCACGGUGCAGGUGGACGUGAAGGCUCGGGAGGGCAUCGACCUGGCCCAGGCGUUGGGGGAGAUCCGCGCCGAAUACGAGGCCAUCAUGCAGAGGAACCGCCGAGACCUGGAGGGAUGGUACACCAAGCAGGUGGAGAUGAAGCAGGCGGAGUCUGCCGUGGUUACCGAGGCGACGGUCAGCACGGGCUCCGAGAUGAAGACCAUUCGCACCCAGAGCCUGGAGCUGCAGACCGAGCUGGACAGCCUCUUCAGAAUGAAACUGGGUCUGGAGCAGCAGCUGGUGGAGGUCCAGAACCGGUACCAGUCACGCAUGGUCAGCAUGAGCCAGGCGGUGGCCAGCCUGGAGGGAGAACUGGCCGCCAUCAGGGCCAACGCCAUGCAGCAGAGCCAGGACUACCAGAGGCUGCUGUGUAUGAAGGAGCAGCUGGAGAAGGAGAUCAGCACCUACAGGGUGCUGCUGGAAGGCACGGGCGACCUCAGCGCCGCCUCCAUGAAGGCCUCCAUGUCCCUCUCCUCCUCCUCCUCCUCCAUGUCUGGCGGCGGAGCCGGUGGAAUGGGCAUGGGCAUGGGCAUGGGCAUGUCUGGAGGUGCCGGUGGAGCUGGAGGCAUGAUGUCCUCCACAAGCUACUCCACACGCUCCUCUUCCUCCUCCUCGAUGGGGGGGUCGGCUUCGGGCAGCAGGAUGAUGACGACAGGUGGAAGCGGCGGCAUGACCGCUUCAGGGAAGAAGACCGUCACCAUCACCACCACCACCACCGACGGUGGCGUGGCGGGAGGGGCAGGUGGCGCAGGUGGGGCGGCGGGGAUGAUGCAGAUGUCCCAGGUGUCCUCCUCAGGCGGGGCGGCAGGCAUCCUUAAGACUAGCCAGGUGUCGUCUUCAGGAGGGGCGGCGGGCAUGAUGGUGAUCUCUGAGGAGAGGGGAGUAGGAGGGAUGAUGGUGUCUGGUGGGGCAGGAGGGGCAGCCGGGAUGAUGGUGUCUGGGGGCGGCGGCAGCAGCAGCAGCAGUAGCACCACCACCAUCGUCCGGUCCUCCAGCACUACCGAGAGCUCCUCGGCAGGGGGCGCCGGGGGGGCGCUGGCCAUGGCGGCUGGUGCUGGCGGUGCCGGCGGCGCCAUGAUGACGUCUGAAAGUGUCAGCAUGUCGUCUGGCGGAUCGAUGUCCGCGGGAGGCGGGGCAGGUAUGAUUUCAGGCGGUGGGGCGGCAAUGAUGUCAGGCGGUGGCAUGUCAUCGUCCAUGUCAUCAGAAAGCGUCACCAUCACAUCGGGCGGUUCCAUGUCCUCAGGUUCCAUGUCUGGCGGGGGUGGUGCAGCGAUGAUUUCAGGCGGAGGUGCAGGUAUGAUGUCAGGGGGAGGUGCUAUGAUGUCAUCAGGCGGAGGUAUGAUGUCAUCAGAAAGUGUCACCAUCACAUCGGGUGGUUCCAUGUCUUCAGGUUCAAUGUCUGGAGGUGGGGCAGCUAUGAUGUCAGGAGGUGGCAUGUCAGGUUCCAUGUCAUCAGAAAGCGUCAGCAUGUCCUCUGGUGGCUCCAUGUCCUCAGGCAUGGUCUCAGGUGGAGGUGCAGCAAUGAUGUCAGGGGGUGGAGGUAUGAUGUCAUCAGGCGGAGGCAUGAUGACAUCAGAAAGUGUCACCAUCACAUCGGGUGGUUCCAUGUCUUCAGGUUCCAUGUCUGGAGGAGGAGGGGCAGCGAUGGUUUCAGGCGGAGGUGCCAUGAUGUCUGGUGGCGGCAUGUCAUCGUCCAUGUCAUCAGAAAGCGUCAGCAUGUCAUCGGGCGGCUCUAUGUCCUCAGGCAUGAUCUCAGGUGGUGGUGCAGGUAUGAUUUCAGGGGGUGGGGGUAUGAUGUCAUCGGAAAGCGUCACCAUCACAUCAGGCGGUUCCAUGUCUUCAGGUUCAAUGUCUGGAGGAGGUGGGGCAGCAAUGAUUUCAGGCGGAGGUGCAGGUAUGAUGUCAGGGGGAGGUGCCAUGAUGUCAUCAGGCGGUAGCAUGUCAUCAGAAAGCGUCAGCAUGUCAUCUGGUGGUUCCAUGUCUUCGGGCAUGAUCUCAGGUGGAGGUGCAGGUAUGAUGUCAGGGGGAGGUGCAAUGAUGUCAUCAGGCGGAGGCAUGAUGACAUCAGAAAGUGUCACCAUCACAUCGGGUGGUUCCAUGUCUUCAGGUUCCAUGUCUGGAGGAGGAGGGGCAGCGAUGAUUUCAGGCGGUGGUGCCAUGAUGUCAGGAGGUGGCAUGUCAUCGUCCAUGUCAUCAGAAAGCGUCAGCAUGUCAUCCGGCGGCUCUAUGUCCUCAGGCAUGAUCUCUGGGGGUGGGGGAGCAAUGAUGUCAGGGGGAGGUGCUAUGAUGUCAGGCGGUGGAGGUAUGAUGUCAUCCGGUGGCGGUAUGAUGUCAUCAGAAAGUGUCACCAUGUCAUCUGGUGGUUCCAUGUCCUCUGGGAUGAUUUCAGGUGAAGGCGCAGGUAUGAUGUCAGGGGGAGGUGCAGGUAUGAUGUCAUCAGGUGGCGGUAUGAUGUCAUCAGGUGGAGGUUCGAUGUCAUCUGAAAGCUUCAGCAUGUCAUCUAGCUCCAUGUCUUCAGGGGGUGGGGCAGCGAUGAUGUCAGGAGGUGGAGGUAUGAUCUCAGGGGGAGGAGGCAUGAUGUCAUCAGGCGGUAUGAUGUCAUCAGAGGGCAUGAGCAUGUCCGGCGGAGGCAUGUCCGGCGGAGGCAUGAUGUCAUCGGGCGGAGGUAUGAUGUCAUCAGAGGGCAUGAGCAUGUCCGGCGGAGGCAUGAUGUCAUCAGGCGGAGGCAUGAUGUCAUCGGGCGGGGGCAUGAUGUCAUCAGGCGGAGGCAUGACGUCAUCAGGCGGAGGCAUGAGCAUGUCCAGCAGCAUGAUGUCAUCAAGUGGCUCCUCAUCGUCCACCUCCACCAGCUUCACCACUAACUAGGCUCCCUCAACCUGAAGCAGAGCUGUCACUAUGACAACGCACCUGGAUCCACCUUCCUCAAGCGACAAGCUUCUUCAUCACCCUGGAACCUUGACUUCUUCUUCUGCAAAACACAGAGGAAGCAGUGGCCGAUUCAGCUUGGUGCUGAUGCCUACUUUUGAUCCUAUUUUCUCAUUGCUAUUAAGUGUCUUUGAAGUGCCUUGUGUGUCAAGCGUUUUCGAAACAGUGAGCUAAUGUACGUAAAAAUAAACAUGAGUAUCAUUGUUACUGGCAUCACAAUUUACUAAUGAUCAGAACCUUGUCCCUGCCAUCACACCCUGUAACAUGCAUCAUCUGAUACAUCUCACCAUGAUAAUACAUAGGCCUACGUUUUAUACAGCGCUUUUCAUGACAUUCAAGGUGAAGUGGUUUACAUCUUGCUUCAUCAUGCCCUUAUAUUCAUAUUCUGAAAAGGCACAAAAGGAGACUACAUCUGACCUGUGCUGCCUAUGAAGUUCUAUACAGUGUAGCACACACAUGACUUCAUAUAAGAUUUGCUUUAUUACUGUAUCCUUAUUAUUAAUUGUUAUAGCCCUUUUCACUAUACCCUUGCCAAACCAUUGUAUAUCUACAACU